UCGGAUCAAGAAAACCGCGCAUUUUCCCCAAAAUAAAUAGGGGGGUAAAAAAAAAAAAAAAACAAGAAAUCCGAACAAAAGUAGAGAUCCUAAAAUAGACGAAGCUGGAAUCCAAUGGAGGCUGCAAUGGAUCUGAUGAGGAGAAUACCUCCGAAUCAGAGCGAAAUGGCGCUCUCCGCUCUCCUCUCCCUUCUCCCUCAUCACUCCGCCGAUCUCCUCUCUCAAGUUGACCAGCCCCUUCAGGUCUUUUUUGAUGAAGAGUCUGGGAAGGAGUUCAUACAGUGUGAGUACAACAGAGAUGCCGAUUCAUAUAGGUCACCAUGGUCAAACAAAUAUCACCCUCCUCUGGAAGAUGGAUCUAUCCCUAAUCCCCAGUUAAGGGAACUCGAAGUUGAAGCAAAUGAUAUUUUCGCUGUCUACCGUGACCAGUAUUAUGAAGGGGGUGUUUCAUCAGUGUACAUGUGGGAAGAUGACAAUCAUGGAUUUGUGGCUUGUUUCUUAAUAAAGAAAGAUGGAUCAAAGAAGGCACAUGGAAGAAGAGGUUACUUGCAAGAGGGCUCAUGGGAAGCUAUUCAUGUUAUUGAGGUGGGGAUAGAGGAUGAGGGAGCAGCUCAUUAUUGUUUAACAAGUACGGUGAUGCUAUCAUUGACCACAGAAAACAAACCAUCAGGAACUUUCAAUUUGUCAGGAUCAAUCAGAAGACAGAUGAGUAUGGACCUAUCAACCGAAGAAGGUCAUCUAUGUAACAUGGGGAAGAUGAUAGAGGAGAUGGAGGGUAAGCUUAGGAACUCGCUGGAUCAGGUUUAUUUUGGCAAGACAAGGGAAAUGGUUUGCACUCUGCGACCGCCACCUGAAGUGAUACAACACAGGAUGCCAGAGAGCUGAUAGUGCUGGUGGGUAGUAAGUACGAGGCAUAAACAUCGCGGAGGUUCUGUACUUUCAGGAGCUACUAGCCUACUACAUGUAUCAGCUACAUCAGUACAGAUGACGAUAUCCUUGUGCUUUUAUGUCAACAGAAUGCGUACUUUUUACAAAUAGUUCGCUUCCCAGU